GCCCCGCGCCAGCCAAGUUGGCUACUUGGAAGCUUCUCCCGGGCUCUGGAGGAGGGUCCCUGCUUCUCGCUACAGCAGUUCCGGGCAUGGCCGGGCUGGGGGCGUCGCUCCAUGUCUGCGGUUGGCUGAUGCUCAGCAGCUGCCUCCUGACCAGAGCCCAGCUGGAUUCUGAUGGCACCAUUACUAUAGAGGAGCAGAUUGUCCUUGUGCUGAAAGCAAAAGUACAAUGUGAACUCAACAUCACAGCUCAACUCCAGGAGGGAGAAGGUAAUUGUUUCCCUGAAUGGGAUGGACUCAUUUGUUGGCCCAGAGGAACAGUGGGGAAAAUAUCAGCUGUUCCGUGUCCUCCUUAUAUUUAUGACUUCAACCAUAAAGGAGUUGCUUUCCGACACUGUAACCCCAAUGGAACAUGGGAUUUUAUGCACAGCUUAAAUAAAACAUAUGCCAAUUAUUCAGACUGCCUUCGCUUUCUGCAGCCAGAUAUCAGCAUAGGAAAGCAAGAAUUCUUUGAACGCCUGUAUGUAAUGUACACUAUUGGCUACUCCAUCUCUUUUGGUUCCUUGGCUGUGGCUAUUCUCAUUAUUGGUUACUUCAGACGAUUGCAUUGCACCAGGAACUAUAUCCAUAUGCACUUAUUUGUGUCUUUCAUGCUGAGAGCUACAAGCAUCUUUGUCAAAGACAGAGUAGUCCACGCUCACAUAGGGGUAAAGGAGCUGGAGUCCCUAAUAAUGCAGGAUGACCCACAAAAGUCCAUUGAAGCAACUUCUGUGGACAAAUCACAAUUUAUUGGGUGCAAGAUUGCUGUUGUGAUGUUUAUUUACUUCUUGGCUACAAACUAUUACUGGAUCCUGGUGGAAGGUCUCUACCUGCAUAGUCUAAUCUUUGUGGCUUUCUUUUCGGACACCAAGUACCUGUGGGGCUUCAUCUUGAUAGGCUGGGGGUUUCCAGCAGCAUUUGUUGCAGCAUGGGCUGUGGCACGAGCAACCCUGGCUGAUGCAAGGUGCUGGGAACUUAGUGCUGGAGACAUCAAGUGGAUUUAUCAAGCACCAAUCUUAGCAGCUAUUGGGCUGAAUUUUGUUCUGUUUCUGAAUACGGUUAGAGUUCUAGCUACCAAAAUCUGGGAGACCAAUGCAGUUGGGCAUGACACAAGAAAGCAAUACAGGAAACUGGCCAAAUCAACACUGGUCCUGGUCCUGGUCUUUGGAGUGCAUUACAUCGUGUUCGUGUGCCUGCCUCAUUCCUUCACUGGGCUUGGGUGGGAGAUCCGCAUGCACUGCGAGCUCUUCUUCAACUCCUUUCAGGGUUUCUUUGUGUCUAUCAUCUACUGCUACUGCAAUGGAGAGGUUCAGGCAGAGGUGAAGAAGAUGUGGAGUCGGUGGAAUCUCUCCGUGGACUGGAAAAGAACACCGCCAUGUGGCAGUCACAGAUGCGGCUCAGUGCUCACCACCGUGACGCACAGCACUAGCAGCCAGUCACAGGUGGCGGCCAGCACGCGCAUGGUGCUUAUCUCUGGCAAAGCUGCCAAGAUCGCCAGCAGACAGCCUGACAGCCACAUGACUUUACCUGGCUACGUCUGGAGUAACUCAGAGCAGGACUGCCUGGCACACUCAGUCCACGAGGAGACCAAGGAAGGUAGUAGGAGGCAGGGAGAUGAUAUUCUAAUGGAGGAAUCUUCCAGGCCUAUGGAAUUUAAUCCAGACAUUGAAGGAUGCCAAGGAGAAACUAAGGACGUUCUCUGAAUGGCCAUUUGUGGCUGACUUUCAUGGACUGGUCCAAUGGCUGGUUGCGUGAAAGGGUUUGGGCUGAUAUUCCUAUGCUUGAGUUCAAAGGCUGAAAAUUCAGAGUUAAAGUGUUACCAAAUAAAAGUUUUUAGGCUCUAUGAAUUGGCUCCUGUAAAUACACUAAAGACACGAAAAGGCAAGUGUCAAUGGAGUAGUUUAUUACCUUCUAUUGGCAUCAAGUUUUCCUCUAAAUUGUUGUAUGGUGUUUGCUGUGUGAUUGUUCAUUUUUCUGCUAUUUUUGGGUAGAAAAAAGUGUCAAUUGCUUGCCUGUAGCUUUCUCUCAUAUAUAUCACCCUAAAUAUAAUGAUGAUCAUUUAGUGUGUAUCAUUUUCCUUUUAGAAACUAGUAUUCUCUUAUUUCUUACUUUAAUGUACUUCUAUCUUUGCAUUUAUUUUGCCCGUGCAUAGGAGCAAUUAAGGUCUAAAAAAAUAUAUGUGGGAAGAUAAACUAUCUAAGAACAAGUACUUGCUGGAAAAUUAGUAGGCUGGAUGUUGAUAAAAUAAUGUGUUUAUAACAAUUACAGGUGUUUCUAGGAACAAGGAAAAUUUCUCAAAAAAGACUAUUUCACAUAUCCCUUCUUUUGAAUGUCCUCUUUGUGACCAGCCAGACUGCAGGUCUUCACUCUUUCUUCUUUGUAAACCAUGUCAUGUAGAAAGGUUUCCGUAUUGAGCUUGAGUCUGCAAAUUGAUUUUGUUUGUAAUUUAUUCUGAUAGCAAAUCAUGCUGCAUCUAUAUCUUUUUCUUGUUUGAUCUAUUACUACAUUGUAAAUGGCAUGUGGGAUCAAUUAAAAGUUUGUUUUAAAAAUA